AAUACGUUUUAGUUGAUUUUAAUUUAUAUAUCAUAUAGGCCCAAUCACAUAAAUUUGGCGUGCUUCGCAUGCCUUGGCCGAGGCUGAUCAGGAGUCACCCGAUGGCCAGGACCUCGGAUCACUAAGACUACCACGCUCGCUCUUUGAUCUGUGUUGAUUUCGUUCAAGUGUCUGCUGCCAUGCUGACACAACGGGCUCUUCGACUGACCCUACCACCUUCCACCCUAUUUAAGUAUCCUGACGCUCUUGGCUCAAGCCAUUCCCUUCCAUUUCCCGAAUCGGCACUCUCCUUCGGAAAUUACCAGCUUUCUCCAUCCUUAUACACAGUCUCUACAGACUUGCGGUUUGCAACCACGAUAAGUAUAUUGUACAUUCUGGUUGUAAUAUGUUUCAACAAGAUCAAUGCCAGAGAACGGAAACCGUGGGCAAUCAGUCCUUUCUCGGCCUGGACAUUCGCCGCUAUGCUGAACACACUCUUUUCCGCAUGGCCGGACAAGCAAGACAAAUUGUACCUGAGCCGGGCGGCGGACAUUGUAUGCCAUGGGGGUCAGUUUCCGGAGUACGAAUCAUAUGCGUCGAGGUUGAAGUUGAUCUCCUGGCUGUUCUAUUUGUCGAAGUUGUAUGAACCACUCGACACCGUGAUCAUACUUGCCAAAGGUCGCCAGGCUUCGACAUUGCACAUAUACCACCAUGCUGGCGUCAUCUUCUGGGGUUGUGUGGGAAUGCGGUUUAUCGCUUCAGCCACGAUAAUCGCCAUCCUCUUCAACUCGGCUGUGCACACCGUGAUGUAUACAUAUUACAGCAUGACCGCGUUGCGCAUCCCCGUUCUCCUCUCGACCAAAGCUUCAUUGACGCAGCUUCAAAUCAUGCAAUUCUUCGUCGGUAGCAUAUUAGGCUUAUCGUCCGUCCACGUUGAAUAUGAUGUUCCCUUUUCUGGCUCUCAUCCUGAGCAACGUGAUCAACCUCAGAACACCCCUUUCAACAUAACAGCACAACGCUCAAAAGAACAGCAGUCUCGGGGCAUGAAGACACAAAGAUGCAUUAGAGACAGUACUGAGGCUUAUGCGCUGUGCCUUGGAUGUGCGUUUGUUCUGUUACUGAUGCUAUUGUUUUUGAAGUUCUACGUGCAGUCUUACCUUCAGCACUUGCGACCUCAUAAGAGGGCAGUACUAUGAGACUUGGAGGUUAUGGAAUGAGUCGUGCAGUAGGGCGGAGGAAGAAAAGUCUGACUUGGGUGUUAAGCAUUGUU